GUCAAUCAUCGUGGAUUGGUUGAGUUUUACGACAGAACCCUAAAUCGCUACCUAACUAUUAAUGGACAUCAAAUCGGCUCAUACUUCGGACAUUCCUUGGUCGUUGCGGACUUCAACGGCGACGGGUUCGAUGACAUAGUUAUCUCUGCCCCGAUGUACACUGCUUAUAACAUGCCAAUCUCUGACGGCUGGGAGGUGGGAAGGAUUCACAUCUAUUAUAAUGAUGGACAGGGUCAGUUUCCAGUAUCUCAUACGAUCAGUGGGGAGUGGCCUGGUGGAAGAUUCGGGUUUGCCAUGACAACCGUUGAUGAUAUCAACAGAGAUGGCUAUACAGAUCUAGCAGUCUCGGCACCAUAUUUCGGAGAAGAAAAACAGGGUCGAGUCAGUAUCUUCUUAAGUACUGGGUCACGUGGUCUAUCACCAACUCCUUCUCAGCAUAUCACCCCAUCUGAGUUUGGUAUGAGGAUGACGUCAUUUGGAUUCUCUCUUGCUGGUGGUCUAGACGUGGAUAAUAAUACAUAUCCAGAUCUGGUGGUAGGCUCGUAUUUAUCAUCUACAGUGGUGCUUUUCAGGUCUCGUCCUGUAGUUGAUCUCAAUGUCACUUUGACCUUGAAUGAAAGUGAGGGCAUCGACGUAGAUGAGCACAAUCUUCUUCUAGCAGACGGGUCAAAAGUCGCGAGCUUCCGUUUAUCUCUCUGCAUGCUGUUCACUGGAGUGGCCUUACCUGAACACCUGAAUGUAUCAUAUACGCUCUCAUCUAUCACACAGACUCUGCCAAGAUCUUUAUUCUUAUUACCAGACGGGAAUGCAGACUCUCUCAGCCAAAUAUUGAAACUUUCAAAGGAUACCACUCUCUGUACUCACCACACUGGUUACAUAAGGAACUCUAUCCGUGACAAGCUAACACCGAUUACGUUCAUAGUUGAAUAUGAGAUUGUUAGCGACCAGGACAGUCAUGAUGAUGAACUUGCGCCUGUUCUGGACUCUGAGAUUGAGCCACGUAAAGAACUGUCAAUUCCUUUCCUGUAUGACUGCAACAGUGUAAUAUGUGUACCAGACCUCGCUAUCUUGGCAUCAUCAGAUACGUCUGAGAUGGUGGUAGGAUCAUCAGCAGUGAUUCGUCUCCUCGUUUCUAUAUCUAAUAAUGGAGAAGAUGCUUACGAGAGUGUACUGAAUUUCACACAACCAGACACCUUUCAUUUCGUGCAGGUCAUUCAAUUAACAAAGAACAAGCACCUCAUCACGUGUGACAAGAAGACUGGUAAAAAGGAUUUAGUUUGUGAUCUUGGAAAUCCGAUGCUAGCCUAUGAACAGAUCGUCAUGCAACUCGUGUUUGCAACCGAUGACGUCAAAGGUGAUUUCAGCAACGUGUCAUUCAUAUUGGAGGCUUCAAGCGCACACAAUGAUAGUAAUGCAAGCGACAACAAGGUUUCUGUAAACGUGAAUAUCACCAUUCACUCCGAUCUCAGCUUCGAAGGGGCCUCUGAAAGUGAAUAUCUGCUAUAUGACUUGCAGGACUACCAAGAAGAUAAUGCAACAGUACUAGAUGACGAACCCAACAUCUUUCAUCGAUUUGUUCUCAGUAAUAGAGGACCGAGUAACAUCGGACGAACAGCCGUGUUGAUUCAUUUUCCACAUUCAAUCUCGGACUCGACCAGCGAUCGUAACGUCAUAGAACUGAUCGACGCGGAGGUUGAGGGUGGAGAUAAAUGUGAAAUGGACAAGUUGUUUUCGACUCCUGCUUCUAUUGAUGAUGUCAAUAUUCAGUCACCAGUCUCCCCUUCAUCUCCAUACGAGCACCCAUUAUCUACAUCGUCUUCAACACAAGGUCCUUCUCAGCCAUCGUUCGGUCGAGCACCAGCACGACGUCGGAAGCGACGUACCGACAUCGGUGUCACGAACAACCCGACUCUAAACGAUUACGAUUACAUAGCUUUUGACGGAGAUCUUCCCGCCAUAGAUUGUCAAAGCGGAAAUGGUUGCUAUGAGAUAACAUGCCACCUCGAUACAGUGGGAACAAGAAAAACUUCCUUCCGGGAUAGUGCAGCAAUCGUUGUGACGUCACGUUUUCAUAUUGAUCAAUUUCUCAAACUGAGUGCUGAGUUAAACAUCACCGCAAGUGUCGCCCUCGUUUCUAAUGCAGAAGUCAUAGUGCAUGGCAGCGACUACCAUGUUCAACUGCCAGAGAAUAUCACAUUAACAGCUACGGCAACUACUAAGAUUGUUGCUUUGCAGCAAGUACUGGUGGAAGAUGGUACCGAUUUGAACCCCUACCAGCCCACUACAAUCCCCCAGAGGAGUAUCUGGAUGAUCAUCGGGGCAUGUUUGAUGGGCGUGGUAAUUCUAGCUGGUGCUAAUGCUAUACUCUAUAAAAUGGGAUUCUUUAAGCGACAGCAGAUUGGACUCGAAAAGAAAGUCUCCCUCCGAAAGAAACCAGACAGAAUGAGUCUCAGACAGCGAAGUGUUAUAUUUGAAGACUAAGAAGUAUACCCAAUAGAAAGCUAACACACCCGCUGUCAUUAAGAGCAUUGCAGUACAAAACAAUGUCUUGAAGUAAGAGCAUUGUUGUGUUAAACAGUCGGAGUAAGAAUAUUGUAGUUUUGUUAAACCGACAGUAUGAGCAUAAAAACAUGUAUAUAUUAUAUAAGUAUAAAGAUAACCGAAUUACGAUACAGUGUACCAGUAGUUAUUCUUCACCACACAUUAGACCUGAUUUAUAAUUUUAUGCAUAUUUUUUUUUUAAAGAAAAGUUCCCUACGGACUUAAUAGGCUUGCCAGAGGCUUUCCAGACAUAACAACCGAUAAUGUUUGCAGAGUGGAUUCCAACUAGGCCUAUAUUAUAGAGAUGCAAUGAUUAUUAUUUUGUAUUUAAAUCAUUUCUUUUAAAUCAAACAAUUUCAUCGUCUUAUCACAUUCAUA